ACAUUUUCGAACAGAAUGGAAGAAACGAUUCACGUUGAGGGGAUUUCGAACUUGGAGAUAGUUCAACAGCGGGUAUCGGCAGCUAAUGAGAAUGAUUCAACAACAGCGGCAACUCACAUUGUGCCAUUAGUAUACAUUCAGCCUAACAAGGUACAACAUACAAGUCCUCUGAAUCAGCAGAUAUCAACCUCCGCUCUACAGAUAGUAAACUCAUCAACUUCUACUGCAGCGAUUAUUAAUCCUAUUAAUGCUCCGAUUACUGCUCAAAAUAAAGUAUUUAUACAAGGCCCACAUACCAUUAGUUUAUCAAGUAAGCAACAUUAUGUAAUAAGGCAACCUAUAACAGCUAGUGUUGUAACAACAGCCCCAACUUCUACUCAAGUACAAAAGCACAUAUUAGUGAGAAAGCCUGCACACAUUUUACCGUUGAAUAAAACACCUUCGCCACCGCCUCAGCAGUCAUCACUACCGCCAGUUUCACCAACUAAUCAGAUAAAUAAUCUUCAAAGUGGAAAGCAUAAUAAUUUAACAUUUAUUAACACAUAUGAAAAACCCAUUAAGCCUCGGAUGGAUUUUUCAAUGCCCAUACCAACAGUCGCAGCGACAACAGCAGUCACUGGAACUCUAUCAACUAAUCAGGCAGUUGUACCUAAAUCUAAAGUGGUUAUUUCACCGGUACAAACAGCAGGUCAAACGUCAACAACAGUGUCAGGAUCACCAGCGAAAAAUAUUUCGAAUUUUUUAUUACCAGUAAAUAUAUCACCACCAGGUCUUACUGAGUCUUCGAAGCAAAAUGUAUUCAAUCUUAAAGUGACAAACGGCAAAUUGAAUAAUAGCGUUGAGAUUACUACAACCAGUAACAGUAACUGUAAUAGCAAUACUAGCAAAGGAGCUAUAACAGUAUUACGAGAGUCAUCUAAGUCAUCAUCAUCAUCAAAUAAUCCUCCGCCUCUUCAUCCAAUUACCAAAAUAAAUUUACUGAACAAAAAUGCCGGCAUUAACUUAAAUUCAUCUGCACCACCAUCACCAUCUACAGAUGGAAUAAAAAUUACGGAAAAUCCAGAUUCAGCUGUUAUCACUCCAAUACCUAAUAAUAAUGAUAACAGUGGUAAUAAAAAUGAUGAGUAUUCUGAAAAAAGAAAAAAAACUGUUAGUAAUAUUUUAUCACGAGGUCCAGUAGCAGUUACUGAAAAAAGGCCAAAAAAGCAAAACCUUUCGAAGACAAGAGAGUGCCCGGAAGACAAUGAAUUGUAUGACCAAUUAGAUAUUCCACAGUUGCUUGGAAAAAAUUCACGGGAUAAAAAGUCAAAUCAGAAUGAUGAUGAGAUAACGUUGAUAAAAGUUAUCCCAAGUCAAACAGGAAAAUCCAAUAAAAAUAUCAACAAUAAGAGUGAUCGUAGUUCAACAGAAAUUAACUCGGUGGAUGAUGACAUCAAAAUUGAAAUGAUUAAAUCUUCAAGCAAUGUUAACUCAAGUUUGAUGAACGGUGAUAAACAAAACAUUAAGUCCAACAACCAUGCUGAGGAAGUUAAUGGUAAUACCGCUCAAUAUCAUAAUAACAAUAACAACAAUAAUAAUAAUACUAACAAUCAUAAUAAUAAUCAUCGUCAUCCUCACAACGAUUCAAAUUUUGACGUGACCAAAGCUCUGGAAUGGAAAGACGGUGUAGGAAGCUUACCUGGAAGUACGCUCAAGUUUUGCAUAAACGAGUUCGGGCUGAUGGAAGUCGUUGAUGAUGACAAUUCAAAGCAAGAUAAACACAACAACAUUGGUGAUAAAGAGAAUGUGUGUUUAUCACCCCGAAAUUCAUUUAAACCAACAUCAGCGAUCACUAUUACGUCGACUACUACUGAAAAAAAAAAUGAAGAAAAAAAAAAUCGUAAUGCUGUAUCAAGUGACACCUUGUACUGUUGCGAAAAUUGCGGUUGUUAUGGACUGGCUGCUGAAUUUGAUAGUCCAAUAUCAUGUAGUCCAGCCUGUUCUACAGCUAUUGAAGAUAAGAAACAAUUGCAGUUACGUCGAGAAAAGGACGCUAGGGAAUCAAAAAUCAAACGGAAAAAAAAAAAAUUACUUCAAGAAAAACUAACAAAAACUCAACAGUCAGAACAGGAACAUGAAGAGUCAGAACAAAAAGAUGAUAAAAAAGAACAGAUUGAAAUUAAAAGUGACCCUUCGCGAUUAACACCAAAAGUAGAAUCUGAUGAUGACACAUCUAUUAAUAAUUUAGAUGAAACAAGUAGGCAAAGCGGCGGUAAUGAAGCUGCAACAGAACCUAAGUAUCCGUGGCAAACGGGGAAACUCGGUUUCUCAUGGGCUAAAUAUUUAGAGUAUACGAAAGCCAAACCAGCGCCAUUAAAACUGUUUAAAGAUCCGUUUCCCUAUGGUAAAAAUUUGUUUAAAGUUGGAAUGAAGUUGGAAGGAAUAGAUCCUGAACACCCAUCACGUUACUGUGUUUUAACAGUAUUUGAAGUAGUUGGUUAUCGAAUACGUUUACACUUUGAUGGAUAUCCCGAAAAUUUUGACUUUUGGGUAAAUUCUGAUAGCAUCGACAUUUUUCCGGUCGGCUGGUCUGAAAAACAUGGACAUCGACUAAAUCCACCAAAAGGCUAUGUUCCGAGCAAUUUUAAUUGGAACGCUUAUCUCAAAACCUGUAAAGCAACUCCAGCACCCAAAGUAGCUUUUUCAAAUCAUAAAAGUACGACAUUUGCACCAGUUGGAUUCCGCGUUGGAAUGAAGUUGGAAGCAGUAGACAGAAAACAUUCGCCUUCAGUCUGCGUAGCAAGCAUAGCCGGAGUAAUGGACUCACGAAUCCUAGUGCAUUUUGAUUCUUGGGAUGAGGUUUAUGACUAUUGGGCUUAUCCUAAUUCACCUUAUAUUCAUCCCGUAGGAUGGUGUCAUCACAAUGGACACAGUCUUACACCUCCAAACAAUUAUAAAGACUCUAAAUCAUUUACCUGGGAUGCAUAUUUACGGGAAACACGCUCUGUUGCGGCACCUUCUAGAGCUUUUAAACAAAGAGCCCCACUAGGUUUUAAGCGAGGAAUGAAAUUAGAAGCAGUGGAUAGACGCGUUCCACAAUUAAUUCGAGUGGCAACGAUUGAAGAUGUGAAAGAUCACAUGAUUAAAAUUCGUUUUGAUGGCUGGUCCGAAGUCUAUUCUUACUGGAUUGACGAUGAUUCUCCUGACAUCCAUCCAAUGACUUGGUGUUCAAAAACUGGACAUCCAUUGGAAGCUCCUUUGACUCCAGAAUUAUUAAAUGAACGAACUGAGUGUGGUACUCCUGGUUGUCGAGGCGUUGGUCACGUUAAAGGACCUAAAUUCGCUACACAUAAUUCGGCUUCAGGUUGUCCUUACUCUCCUCAAAACUUACACAAGAUAAGAAUGGUAUCUGAUCGUCUCAAUGUUAAACAUGAGAUUUGUGAUUAUGAUGAAGAUUCAUCAUCACCGACAUCUUAUGACUUUAUACCAAAAACCGAAAAAUCAGAAAAAGUCAGAACGAGUGCUGACCGGUCGGGUAAACACUCACCAAUAAAUAAUUAUAAAUCAUUGAAAUUGGAAAAAGAUAUUAAACCUGAGGAUUAUGAAUCUGACCACCGCCAAGAAACAUCAGAAAGGUCCAAAAAAUUUUCAAAGCACAAUUACAAUAACAGUGAUGCCGGACAAUCUGAGGACGAUGAUGUAGCACCACCACCUUUGAAAAAACGUCGUAAAAAGCGUCAAGUUUCAGAAGAAUCAAAUUUUUCUUUACCCGUUACGGAUACAACUGGAAACUUAUGCGGAACUAAUAAUAUUCCGGACAAGCAACUUCGCACUGAAAUUCAUCAAUCAGUCUUUAACCCUGGGUACAAUCCUUUACCCGACGCUCCUCAUAUGUGGGCCAAACAUAGUAAUGCUCUGAACCGAGUAGUCGCUAAACAAAAUACCAAUCCUCGAAGAUGGUCCAAUGAAGAAGUCAUUAAAUUUAUUUCAAAUGUUCCAAAUUGCAAAGAAGUUGGGAGUAUUUUCCGUAAACAUAGUAUCGACGGAGAAGCAUUUUUAAUGUUAACGCAAGAAGAUCUGGUAUCACUUUUGGGUUUAAGAUUGGGUCCAGCCAUAAAAUUAUACAACAGUAUUGUGUUAUUGCGUCGAAAAGCUACGUGA